AUGACCGACCUCACCACCGUCCUCCCCGGAUUCCCCACGCAGCAAUAUGUACGCCUCCUCCCCUCGCUCGAGAAGCAUUGCGUCACCACCGCGGAUCUCCUCACCCAGGAUUGGAUCGAGAUAGCAAAGCGCGCCCAGCUGCCGCUGCUGGAUGUAAAAAGGCUUUGCAAUGCCGUUCUCGACGCUCUUCAAUUAGAUCUGGGGAUUGGUGCCGUUGAGGAUGGGGAUAGGACGCAGGAAAGUCACAAUUCACGGCUGAGGAAAUCCGGGAGGGACCUGGUGGAUUCGUGGAAUACGAUUAGUACUUUAGAUGACGACCUGGACCGCGCAUUGGGAGGUGGCAUCCCCGCUGGAUACAUCACAGAGGUGACGGGCGAAAGCGGUGCAGGUAAAACCCAAUUCCUCCUCACCCUCCUCCUCUCCGCGCAACUCCCUCAACCCCUCGGCCUCUCCAGCCCAACCCUCUACAUAUCCACCGAGUCCGCCCUCCCCAUCACCCGCCUCUCCCAACUCCUACGCACCCAUCCUACCCUCGCAUCCCUCGAGCCAAAACCAUCCCUCGAUGCCGUAAUCAGCAUCGCAACCCCCGACCUCGAAUCCCAAGACCACAUCCUUCGCUACCAAGUUCCCGUCGCCAUCCGCCGUCACGGCAUCCGUCUCAUCAUCCUCGACUCAGUCGCCGCGAACUACCGCGCGGAAUUCGAACGCCCCAGCGCCGGAGGGGGCCAUACAAAUGGCGCGAAUAUGGCGCAACGGAGCGCUGAUCUCGUUAAACUGGGCCAGCUCCUACGAGAUAUCGCGAGGGAGCAUAAUAUUGUAGUCGUGGUUGCCAAUCAGGUUGCGGAUCGAUUUUCCAGUGCUGGUUCUAGUACAGCGGAUGGUAGCAGUCCCGUACUCUAUCGGAAUCCCACGCAGAGUAGUCCUCUAGCACGGCGAAGUGCUGGGACGACAGUAUUGCCAUCCAGCGCUCCUACAUCCAGCGCCUCACAUCCCCCACCAUCGACACCACACACGCCCUUCGCACCAACCCCCGACCCCAUGUCCCUCGACCACCAACAACGCUGGUUCACCGGCUGGGGCGACGAUUUGCACGCAAGCAGGAAUCUGAAAACCCCGAGCUUGGGACUGAUAUGGACGACGCAGAUCGCAUGCCGUAUCGCGCUGAUCAAGAAACCAGUUUACGGACCGGGGUUAGCGGCCGAUGAGGAGAAUGAGGCUGGGGAAUUGGUCCUUAGGAGGUGGAGGCGCUGGAUGAAGGUUGUGUUUGCGCCGCAUGCGAAGGCUAGUGGGCCGCGGCUGAGGGAUGCGGUGGAGUUUGAGAUAAGGGGGGAUGGGGUAAGGGCGGUCGAGAAGGUUGAGAAGGUUGGAGAAGGGGGAGAUGAUGGAGAUGGGGAUGGGGAUGGAGAUGUGGAUUCUCUUCCUGUGUAA